AUGGGGGCAGAAAGGGAUCUUAAGGCUGCUCACUUGCCAGCGCGCAAGCGAAAGAAGUUCAAGAAGCCCCCGCAGGCGCAGCAAGUGCAGCAGCAACAGAAGCAGCAGCAGAAGCAGCAGCAGCAGAAGCAGCAGCAGCAGCAGCCUAAGGAAAAGCGGAAGCCGCACAAGCAGCGGCCUGCAGCAGCAGCAGCAACAACACCAGGUGAAGUGGAGUCGGACUGCAGCACAGCACCCGGCGAAGAGCCAAGAGCAGCGGCAACAGCAGCAGCAGCAGCAGAUAAGCACGGCGCUGCUUCCUCUCCCGCAGCAGCAGACACAGCAGCAGCAGCAGCAGCAGCAGCAGCAGCAGCGCCAGACCCCUCGGCCUGCGCAGCAGACCCGGCAGCAGCAGCCACACCGGCCGAAACCCCAGCAGCAGCAGCAGCAGCAGCAGCAGCAGCAAGCCUGUUUGCUGCUGCCAGCUACUCGAAGUGGGCCUUUCUGCACCUGCGGCUGCGGCGCUCGCUGCUGCACCACGGCUUUACAAAGCCCACAAAGAUUCAGCUGCUGGCCAUUCCCACUUUGCUGCACGGCCACGACACUCUCAUUCAGUGCCCCACAGGGAUGGGGAAGACUUUGUGUCUGGCUGUGCCGCUGCUGCAGCGGGUGCUGCAGCAGUCACAGCAGCAGCAGCAGCAGCUGAAGCGAAGCGACGGCACCCGGGCCAUUGUGCUGCUGCCGACGCGGGAAUUGGCGCUGCAGGCAGCAGCACUUUUCCAGCAGCUGACGCGGAUAUUCCCGUGGCUCACUGUGUCUGCUGUUAUAGGGGGGGAGAGCCGGAAGAAGGAGAAGCAGCGGCUGCGGCUGGGGACUGGAGUGCUGCUGGGGACUCCGGGGCGGCUGCAGGACCAUUUGAGCAGCACCAGCAGCUUGCGGCUGCUGCCGCUGCUGUGUCUGCUGCUGGACGAAGCAGACCGGCUGCUGGACUUGGGCUUUGAGGCGAAGCUGAGGUGUAUAUACACCGCGUGCCUCCAGAAGAUCCGCCAGGAGCAGCAGCUGCUGCAGCUCCGCCGAGAGGCUGCGGACGAAUGCGCCGCCCUGCAGCAGCAGCAGCAGCAGCAGGGAGAAGCCGAGGGCGACAGCGACGAUGAGCAGCAGCAGCUGCAGCGGCUGCGCCGGCUGGAGACGGAGCACGAGGGCGUGGACGGCCCCGCAGCCGCAGCCACCACUACUACCAGCAGCAGCAGCAGCAGCAGCAGCAGCAGCGGCAGGGGUCACCUAUAA